AUGGCUCUUAAACUGCUAUUCGUUUCCGCAUUUCUCGUUGCAGCAAAUGGACUGCCGUUGAAAGAUCCUUUGGGCCCGACUCAACCAAAAGGCCAUAAAUUGGAGUACUUGGCGGCGGUAAGAAUAAGUUUUGAUGUCAAGCCUUAGUGUUAUCGGCAAAGAGAAAGCUAAAAAAAUUUUUUUAUCUUUAAAACGCUUGAUUUUAUUUGCCCUCUAUUAGUUUUAUCAUGAUCUAUGCGCCGCCAAUUCCCUUGCAUAAAAGCCCCCCUUAUCGCGGGCACGAAAACUUGUUAGAUUGUUCAUAUGUUCUUAUUCAGCUUUGGCGACAUGGCGAUCGAGCACCAGCCAAGAGCUUCACUCACGAUCUCUACAACGAGUCUUAUUGGGACAACGGAUAUGGACAGCUGACUAAUGUAACGUCUCUCGAUUUCCUCAUAGCAAUUUUUUCUCAAAGUUACUAAAGAUUUCUCCGCUUUUCAGUACGGCAUUGAACAGCAGCGUCGUCUGGGUAAGUGGGUUUACAACCGUUACGUUCAAGAGUUCGGCUAUUUACCCGAGGAAUUCAAUGAAAAGCUUAUCCGAAUCCAAUCCACUUGGUACAACAGGACUAGAGAAAGUGCCCUGUACAACUUUAAAGGACUCUAUGGAGAGAAGAUUGACUAUGAAACGUUGAAAAUCUUGACUAUUCCGGACAAUGAAACCGAUGUGAUUGGAUUGCCUUAUGAUAACUGCGGCUACGCUCAUCAGCUCGCCAAGGAAGCCUUGAAAACGGAUGAAGUCAUUCAGUACAUGAACAAACAUAAAGUAGGCGAAAGUAUACAAAAAACGAAUAGUCGUCAUGCUCAAAAAUUCGUAGAAAAAGUUAUGGCCGGCAAACGUUGCGGAUAGCUGGGCAAACAAUGCUGUUUUUCAACUUCAAAAUAAUAUUAUAGAAUAUGUGGUAUAGUAUUGCUCAUAGGUUUUUACAAAGUUUGACGGAAUCGGCAGAGUUUUCGAAACACAGAAAUCCAUAAAAAAAAGCUGCCACACUUCCGGACAAAGAGACCGAACGCGAUUUUUAGCGUUUGGCUUUUUUGCAAUGCCUGCGCCUUUUGUAGGGAAAUUAGGCCAGUUCUCUUAAAGUACGCGCGUCCCGAAGCCUAGGAAUACACUUGGCCAUAUAAAAACUUUGUCGCGCCGGGACUAUAAAACUUUGAAUUACCCGCGAAAAAGAAAUUUUUUCGCGGAAUAUUAUUUUUUAGGCUGGAGCCGAAAACAGGUGUUGGUUUAGCGGGUUUUGAUGUAAUUUUUUUGUUUUUUUUCGUAAAAACGUUAUUCUUUGUCGUAAAUGUGUUUUAGUUUUGCUGUCGCACUAUUUUGAAGCGAGUAUUUUUGUGCUUUAUUUUCAGGUAACACGAAGAUGUGGUUUUUAGGUUUAUACCUUCGACAUCGGUCUUCAGCUUUGAGAGGUCAAACAACACGCAGAGCGCACCUCCCCUUCUCUGGCCACAUGAUGGAGUGUUACGUACGACAGUGUUCGAGUGAUCAUCGGUAAAAAUCCGAAUGGAUUCUUCAGAUACGAACGAGAUGUUUCCCGAGAUGCCAAAUCCAAGAAGCCGCAGAAACAGCGGUUUUGACGGCUCCAGAAAGAAUCCGGAACAGUUACUGGUAGGUGAAGUUUAGAAUGUUUUGGCUUCUCUUGUUGUUUUCGUUGAGUGAGUGAAAUGCUUCAGGUUCCCUUCUAAAUCGGAGAUACGAACAAGAUGUUUCCAGAGAUCCCACAGGCAGAGUUUUGGAUCAGCGAGACCGCUGGCAAGUAUCGAGCUCCCUUCUUGGUCAAUUUAUAUCUUAUGAAUUGCCUUUUAUUUGAAAUUUGUUGUAACUAUUCUUCAUUUUACAGCAAUAAAUAAUGUGUAAUGUAAAACAAUUUAUCGCUCUGCAAAUCAGAUCCUGCGAAAGAAAAUUCAAGAUAUAUCGGGGUAGGGAAGUUCAUUGACGGGUUCCGCGCUUCUUGGCCGCCUCCAUCUCGUCCUGCAGUGUUUUCAUAAUCUCGAGUCGUCCGUUCCUUCAAGUCGAACUAAACAAAUAUAUUUACAAAUAAUUGGCUUACAUGACCGUGUUCAAUUUCCGGUAAUUGUUAUAGAUCCUUUCCCAUGGAGCCGUCUUAACCGCUGUUUCUGCGGCUUCUUGGAUUUGGCAUCUCGGGAAACAUCUCGUUCGUAUCUGAAGAAUCCAUUCGGAUUUUUACCGAUGAUCACUCGAACACUGUCGUACGUAACACUCCAUCAUGUGGCCAGAGAAGGGGAGGUGCGCUCUGCGUGUUGUUUGACCUCUCAAAGCUGAAGACCGAUGUCGAAGGUAUAAACCUAAAAACCACAUCUUCGUGUUACCUGAAAAUAAAGCACAAAAAUACUCGCUUCAAAAUAGUGCGACAGCAAAACUAAAACACAUUUACGACAAAGAAUAACGUUUUUACGAAAAAAAAACAAAAAAAUUACAUCAAAACCCGCUAAACCAACACCUGUUUUCGGCUCCAGCCUAAAAAAUAAUAUUCCGCGAAAAAAAUUCUUUUUCGCGGGUAAUUCAAAGUUUUAUAGUCCCGGCGCGACAAAGUUUUUAUAUGGCCAAGUGUAUUCCUAGGCUUCGGGACGCGCGUACUUUAAACCCAAAAUUGGGCAGAGAUUUCUCAUUUUUAGCAAUGGAUACUUCGUUUAAUGAUGGCCACUGGAAUGGAGAUCCCAACAGUCAUCGACCUGUUUUGUGUCGAGGAUCCGAUUUACUUAGAGGUAAAUUUAAGUUUUAUAUAGGUCUUUGGAGACAAAAAUUGAUCAUCUAAUUGCAAUUUAACUCUCAGAAGCGCAAAGGCCUCAAACUGGCACCGGAAUACGAGGGGAACUACGGCGAGAUCUUUGACAUUUACCUGGAAGGCAUUAAAUUUAUGAAUGGAAUGGACAUCAAACCUCAGAACGGGAUUAACUGGCGCUACGAGCUGGUAAAAAUGCAAGCUGGAGGCUUGCUAACUCGCGUUGCAAAUGACAUGGCAGCCAAAGCGUUCUGCAAAUUUAAACCGGAUCAGCCGUAUUGCAAGGAGGAUAAUGUGGCUGAUCUGAAGUACCGAGUGUUUUCUAUGGUGAGUUGAACGGCUAGAUAGGCCUAAGAAUUUUGUUUUAGCACGACACCAACGUCCUCGGCAUCCUCAACAGUUUCGAUUUCCCAAAAGUGGAUUAUAACCGAAAUGACAACGUGGAAUUGGGAAGUUCUCUGUUUUUCGAGCUCUGGAAUGACGAAGAGAAGGAUCAAAAAUACGUGAAGAUCAUUUACCGCCGAAGCCCUGAAGAGAUUUACGAUUUGAGCGAGCAAAUCAGCGGCUGCAAAAGCAUUGGGAAAGGGUUGGGAUGCAGUUUGGAUGACUUCUUGAGAAGGACCGACAAGUAUUUGAUCCCCAGCUUUGAUAAGGUAAGAGCAGUGUAAAAACAUGGCUAUGGUUCAAUAUUAAAAUUUUAAUAUUCAAAUUUUAGUAUUGCGUCCAAAAAUUGCCACAACCAGGGACUUCGGAGACCAUUCCUCAAGUCCAAUUCAAAGUCUAA